AUGGAUUGUAAAGAGGAAGCGGCGUGUGUUGUAUUCAGAGGCAUGAGAUUUGGAGACUUGCUGCAGGUCCAGAAAAUAAACUUUAGGAACUCUACCGAAAACUUCCUACUUUGCACGUUCCUGAAUUCUCUAUCUAUGUCGUACACGACUUCCUUUGUUGCAGAGCUCGAUGGGCAAAUCAUAGGGUACUCUGAAGCUGUCUUCUCGAAAGACAAGAUGAAAGGGCACAUCUACUCGAUCUGUGUUGACGGGCCCUUCAGGAGGUGUGGAAUCGGUAGAAGGCUUAUCAAUCUCUCCAUAGACGCUAUAAGAAUUGAGUCGCAGGGAGGAAGAUGCGAGGUGGAUCUUCAUGUGAGAGCGUCCAAUGCCGAGGCAAUCAGUCUAUACAGAUCUAUUGGGUUUGAGAUUAGGGAGGCCAGUAUCCCUUACUAUAAGGCUGGUGCUGCAGGGCAUAGAAUGAGCUUAUGGCUAGAAUGA